AUGAAUCGGAAAGAGCUAUAUGAAAUGUUUGGGCUCGGCAACUCUGCUGACAACACAGAAAAUGUUGAUGAGGACGAAGCCGAAUGCAUUCGCUUGUCUUUUAUCAACAACACGGAUACAGAUGUUCUAAGAAGCCUUAUAUCAAGGUACAGGGCAUCAUACAGCGAUGAAUGUAUCGGGUUCUUCGUUGACACGGUUUCGAUUAUUGUGAAUGAUUCAAAAGCAGCAAUCAUGGCAAGCAGCGUGAUGUCGCUUCUUCCGCUCCUGACACAUACAUUCGAGGCAGAGUACUUCGAUGCUGUUGAUUGCUUCGAAAGAUUGGGAGAAGUCGAAGGGAUCGCAUCGAAGGUUUUUGUUCCGAUGAUUUAUGGGCUAUCGUUCAGAUGCUCACAGACAGAAAUAAUGUCUGAUGCAAGAAGGUAUGUAGUAGCGCUUGGCGUGCUUAUGGGGCUUCCGAAUGUGCUUGAGGAGCUAAGGAAGGAGGGGUAUUGGGGAUUGGGAGCCGAUGGCGUGGAUUAUACCAAGAAAAUCUGUGCUCCUGUGCAUUUUGGGUUUUUGAGUGAGCGUGCAUGCAUUUUAGAUGGAUUCUUCGAACCUUUUAUCUACAAGAAAUGCGAGUAUGGAGUGCCGGUGCAGGAGUAUUUUGGAAUGCAAAUGAAGGACGUGGUUGAAAUGUCACGAAAUGCGUAUCGUGCAUUGAACGAGUAUUCGUACAAGAUGUACGAAGUGAUCUUCGCAGCCAUACGUGCAUCACCUGAUGUAAGACAGAAUUUCAUGAGGUAUAUUUCAAAGGUUGUCUAUGUCAGCAAGGAACGAAGCAAGACGGUUUUUGAUUGGAAAGAGAACAUAAGCGAUGGCUUUGCAUUUAACGUAUGCAUUCUAAUGGGUAGGUUCAGCAAAAAGAUAGUUGAGGACAAGAUGAUCGAGAAAAUUGAUCCGGAGUGUGUGGAGGAGAUUUCUUUGAGCUCGUUUCCGACAUUCUGCUAUUUCAGCAAGAUCCAUAUGAUGCAGGCAUCUUAUGUUAAGUUUGGGGAGUAUGUAAGAACGCUUGCAUAUGAAUACCGUACACUGGAAGGAGAGGGAGGAGAGAGGAUGGAGGCAUACAGAAAAGGAAUAAAUUCGAAGAUAAAUGCAUUGAACGGGCUUUUAUUUGCAACCGAUCUGUUUGUAGAUGAGAGGGAGUUUGUUGAAUUCAUUGCUGAGUACACUGCAGAGAUUGAGUAUCCAUGGCCGGAUUUCUACUACAAGACGUUUUUGUGGAUGCAGGAGAUGGUGUUUGAAGUUGUUCGGUCUGCUUGCAUUUCUGAAUCGUUGUGGAAGGUGAUGGAAGGCAUCAUGACCUGGAAAAGCCUUGCAUUUAAGAAGGAAGUGAUGAAGAUCCUGAGCCACAGAAGCAGCUCAAUAAAGUUCAAAAUGAUCAAUCACAUCAUAGACUACUACAACGCAUUGGAGAGGGAUGAGGCAAGGAUGGAUGCAAGGUGUGUGAUACAUACGAUUUUGAAGGACGGCAGGGUUUUUUCAAAGAUGAACAUCUGCAAGAGAAAUGUGACGUUUAUCAACUGCAUGAUGAAGGAUUUUGAGAAUAGGCUGUCGGAGGGGCUUUCUUCAAUCAAGGCCAUAAAGGAAGACUCAAAGACAAUUGAUGAACAGAUCGCCGAGCUUAAAAUUGCACAGGAGAAGAGCGGGCGAGAUCAGGAGAAUAAUGAACAGGUAGAGGCAUUGGAAGAAAGAAUAAGAUCGCUGAGAAAGAUUAUACGUUUUUCAACAAACAAAGCAAGAGGAUGUUUUAUGUAUGUUGAUGGAUGCUUUGACCUGUUUAUGCAUAUUCUUGAUGAAAGGCCCGACCUGUUUUUGGUGGAAGAGAUGGUAUUCAAUUUUGUAAGGGUGCUGAACUGCAAUCUGAAGAUAAUUACUGGGCCGAAGUGUGCAGAUCUUGUGAUAAAGUCGCCAGAGAAGUAUGGAUUUGAUGCAAAGAGCCUUUUGAAAAAAAUGGUGAUGGUAUAUAUAAGAAUAUCCUCCAGUAAGUUUGUAGAUGCAGUUGCAAACGACAGGAUGUAUUUUGACAUCGGAUUUUUCCACACAGCACUGGAGAUAUGCGAGAGCAAGUAUUUGAUCAGUGAGUCUCAGAUACGUGAGCUGCGUAAUUUGGUUUGCAGGCUCGAGAAGGUUGUCGUAACGUCGGACACGGCCGAGUUAGUGCCUGAUGAGUUUAUUGAUCCAUUGACAUUCAAUCCAAUAAGGAAUCCUGUGAGGCUGCUAACAUCAAGGGUUACGGUAGAUAGGUCAACAUAUGAUAUGCUGAUGAUGAACGGAGGGAUUGAUCCGUUUAACAGGAUGCCGCUUAAUGAGGACAUGGUAAUAGAGGACGAGGAGCUCAGGAAAAAGAUGGACGAGUACAAGAGAGCAAAGGAUGCGUGA